GACGGUGUCGCAUUUAGUAAAAAAAAUUAUAACAGCCAAGGUAGGUUACAAAAUAUCAUUCAGUUUCCUAUCUUACGACGGCGGAUUUUUAUCUGGAGCUUGACACCGUGCCCCAUUGCAUGAAGCCUAUAAUUGCAGCGAUGAGGCGGCUCUCCUCACACCUGGCCCUGAUUUGCCUGGCUGUCCUGCUGCUGCAGGGUCACCUGGGCCAGGCCAAGCGCGGAGGAGGAGGGGGGGGGUUUAAGUCCAGCCUCAGCUGGGGAAAGAAGCCCUCUUCAUCCGGCAAGCCCAGCUCCGGUGGAUCAUCGUCGCGCAGACCGAGUCACGGCACGAAUACCCGGGGAGGUAACUACCCCCGGCAACCACAGGUUCCCAAUCGGAACCCUGCAGGAGGUUACCCGGCAGGUGGAAGUAACCCUGCAGGUGGACGUCCGGCUGGAGGUUACCCAGCUGGGGGUAAUUACCCAGCUGGUGGACGUCCGGCUGGUGGAAACUACCCAGCAGGUGGAGGUUACCCAGCAGGUGGAAACUACCCAGCAGGUGGAGGCUACCCAGCCGGUGGAAAUUACCCAGCUGGUGGACGUCCGGCUGGUGGAAACUACCCAGCAGGUGGAGGCUACCCAGCCGGUGGAAAUUACCCAGCUGGUGGACGUCCGGCUGGUGGAGGUUACCCAGCGGGUGGAAACUACCCAGCAGGUGGAGGCUACCCAGCCGGUGGAAAUUACCCAGCUGGUGGACGUCCGGCUGGUGGAAACUACCCAGCAGGUGGAGGCUACCCAGCCGGUGGAAAUUACCCAGCUGGUGGACGUCCGGCUGGUGGAGGUUACCCAGCGGGUGGAAACUACCCAGCAGGUGGAGGCUACCCAGCCGGUGGAAAUUACCCAGCUGGUGGACGUCCGGCUGGUGGAGGUUACCCAGCAGGUGGAGGCUACCCAGCGGGUGGAAACUACCCAGCUGGUGGACGUCCUGCUGCAGGUUAUCCGGCGGGUGGAGGUUAUCCGGCGGGUGGAGGUUACCCGGCGGGUGCACGUCCGUUUGGGGGCGGAGCCUAUCCUGGGGGAUACCCAAACCGAGGCGGAGCAGGCUGGGGACAGCAGGGGGGCUACGCUGGAGGGGCGGGACACCCUAAUUGGAACCCUAACAAUCAGAUCCUGAGCCCGCGUUACGGGGGAGGGUACGGGUACGGGGGCGGCGGGCACGGCAUGGGAGGGUCUCCCUUCUCGCGCUCCGUGCACGGCAUGGGCAUGAACCCCUCCAUGAAGUCCAGGGGCUUCGGGAAGAAGGCGGCCAUGGCGGCGGGGGUCGGGGCGGUGGCGGGCAUGGCGGUUGGCUACGGCCUCGGCCGCUUCCCGCGGCCGCACUUCAACUUCCACAGCCCGCAGGAGGAGCACUACUACAACCACUACAUGUACCGCCGCUACGGCUCCCGCUCCACCGACGCCAACGACUACGGCCGCGACUACCAGUUCAAGCAGACCCCGGUGACCUACGACGACUUCAUGGACACCUGCGUGAAGAGGACCGACCUGCUGGGCGGCCAGGACGGAGGGAGAGCGCCGGGAGCGGAGGGUAUGCAGGGCGACGAUCCGAACGCGGGCGAGGGCGCGGGCGGCCUCGCCGCCGCCACCCCGGAGCCUGACGCGGUCAACGGCACCGCUACCGAUGCUGCUACCGACACGGCUACCGAGGCUGUCAACGGUACGGCUAGCGGCAACGUCACAGAGGGCGUUCAGGCCGACCCCACCACCCCGCCCGCGCUCGCGUCCGUCGGGGAGAAGGACGACAAGGGCGGCACCGGUGGCGCCGAUGACGACGAGGAGACCGUGAGCAUCAUGGAGAUCGGGUACCCGGAGCUGAUCGAGCAGCUGAAGGCCCGACGUUGUGUGGAACGCUACAUGGUCUACUCCGAGCGCUUCCUGGAGAAGCAGACCGCCGAGCGCAUAGCUCCCGCGAAGAAUCAGGAGCGCCGCCCUAUCCGCGGGGGUGCGGAAGUCCAGCGCCCCCUCUGUCAGGGACUGGUAUUGCUCCUCACCACCUCCCUCAUGGUCCUGAGCAGCACACACUUGCUGCAGUGAGGUACAGGCAAGGCUGCUGCCGGAGUGAGAAUAAACGGGAGGCAGACGCCAGUACAAGGGACUCCCUCAACCCUGUGAAAGUGAUGUGGCUCAGGACAUUUUUUUAUUUGUUGUUUUUUUUUUUUUUUUUUUUGGAGUGUCUAGCUAUCACGCCCAGAUGUGUAAUGCUUUAACAAGAUUAACUUGCCUGCUACUGAUUCACUGUACCACUUUGUGAGCAGCUCUUCCAAAGCACUGAACUGAACAGCACUCGGUAAGGCACUCAAUUUCCAUGCAUGUGCAUGACUAUUGUGCUGUACAUAUUAUUUCAGGAAAUAUAAACUACGGUGUAUCCAAACCCAAAUAACCAAUUCUGAAAUGCAUUGUAUAGAUUUUUCUCCCCUCGCAAGUUGACAAGUGAUAGUUUGAAGAUUUUCGGAGAUUUGUACAACCUGCCCUACAAAUGAAAAAGAAACAACUUCUGAUUCACACAAAAAACAGAAAAGAGUCACAUUUUUCAAUGAUAAAAAAGGGAAAUGCACUUCCCACUAACUGCAUAUUGAAUCAACCUAAAAUCAAAUGGAUUCAAAGGAUAGCAUAAUUAAAAUAAAAUGGCGGUAAUUCCACAUGCACAAUAAAACAUUUUAAUGCAUUAAUGCAACUUUCUAAGACGCAUGCAAAUCAAAAAUGCCCAAUACAGUGGGGAAAUCACUAUGGGGACUCAAUGCUACGUCACAAAGUACAAGCCAGGUUUGGAGCUUCUACAACCAACAUGCAGGGAGAAAUGGCUUACCACCACAUCUAGCGAAUAUUCGCAGUGGGCAAUAUGGCUGCCAUACCCCAUGACAUAUUUGGUGCCAUGCAUUUCAAGUAGAUAACAAUUUGAACUAGGGGUGUGAACUGAUUUGUAACCGCUUUUAAAAAAUUGAUAACCGAUACAUUUUUAUUUUAUGAAGGUCAGUUUAAAUGCACGUUCUUCACCAGACGUAUUAUUGCGGUUCUAAACUAGCAGUCGACUAGCUUCAGUAAAUUGAGCAAGCAAUCAAGGGGUUUUCUCGCUAUCAGCGAAAAAUUAACACGUUAAUAUCUCACCACCACAAUUGUCCCACGCCAUAUAAAUUGGUAUAUAAAAUUCAAGUUUACCAUUACAUAAGAAUAUAUCAAAUUGUACAGCGACCUGCACUGGCAUGAAAGUAAAAUCAUUAGACCAGCCGCCUAUGGUAAAACAGACCCGGUGUUAAUAGUAUAUCAGGCAAAUAUUGCGUGACCACGGAAUUUUGAGUGCACCACCCCGUCUGUAAUAAAGCUGUUAACAGCAGCAUAUUCAAAGAUUUCAUGUCAAUCAAGUCUAUCAGGCAGAAGCCAUAGAAAAGGGAUGAAAACAUGAAGAAUUAUCAUUUUAACCAAUGUAUUUUUUAGAAAUUACACACGAUCGACCAGCAUUGCCUGGACGUAAACAACAGGGAUUUAGCUACAGAUUUCUGCAACUGUGAGGUUACACUGAACAAUGUCAAUGUAAAUGUAAAUAUUAAAUUUGGCAAUUAGGCUUACUAUUAUCUGACUUACAAUGUUGACAUUAAACUAUUGAGAUGGCCACAAAUAAAGUUUGAAAAUACAAUUACAUUUCUCGGUAAUCUAGUUAAAAAAAAAUAUAUAUGACCCCCAGCGGUCAUAAGCAGUAUCGGUUAACCGUUUAAAAAAUUGGAUGGUAACUGGUUACUAAAACAGAUGAUUUGUCACGGCCCUAAUUUGAACCUCUUUGCUAAGUUGUGAAGUUACACAUGUACCAGAGAGUAGACAUGGCAUUUCAUUUGAAGAUUCAGAUUCCAAAGCAAGUUGCUGUAUGAUACCCUUGGUUUUUCGUGACACAUUUUCAUGAAACUUCGUAAAACCACUUAGCAGCUUAUUCAUGUCAGAGCAAGUCCGUAGUGAGAAAGUAUUUCUUCGCUGAGCUGCAACCUCACCCUAGAUCUGCAACGGCCUGCGUGUGCUGUGCAUAUGUGGGUUGAGCUGUCAACACUUUGUGUUGUGUUGUGCAACAGUCCUAUACAGAAAGAAUUCACUUUAUUGUAUUGCAGAUAUGCAUAUGUGGGAAUAUCUGUGGAUGACGUUAAAUGUUCUUCUGGCCCAACAACAAAACCACACUGUUACACUGAUACUGUAAAUGAUCAUAUUGUUCAGAAGAAAAAAAAAACUAGUAAUGGAUAGAUUGAUGAAAUGGUAAUGCCAAGCAAAUGUCUAUAGCUUAUAUAUUAUGCUUAAACCUGUAUGUAUAGAGUGCAAAGUAUACUGGCAUAUUUACUGGCAAUGUAUACAUGAUGUGUACAGAUACUCAUUAUGCAAGUUUUUACAUCAUAGCAAAGGGAAAAUUAACAAUAAUACCUGAAUCUCACCACAUAUUUUUCAUUUCUAUUUUUAUUGGCCCAAGCAAGACCUCAUCAACCCUCUUUCAAUAAUCUGAAUCAAAGCUAGCUGGCUACCUUUGAAUUUGGACAUUCUUGUCCUGGGCAAAUAAAAUGGUGGUUUCCUCUGCACGUAACGUUUAUUAUUGGGAAUGACAGUGGAGAAGCUGCACUCCAGAUAAAUUUAGUAUCCAAAUAUUUUCCCACUUUUCCCCACAAACUUUGUCUGGAAACUGCAAGACCGCCACUCAUUCACAUUCAGGAAAGAUGGCAGCAAUUACUGAUCUUCAUUUAUUUAUUAAGGGAUUUUAUAUUCUUGAAUGUCAAAUUUUUAUUCAUUAUUGUUAUACAAGUAUUGAUCGUUGACUCAUGAUCACAUUUUUUAGUACAACACACCAAUGCGGUUCAAUCGGAGGCAUCUGGAGUGGAGUGGAAGCCAUAUCAGAGUGGCACAUUCCCCCGUCUCUUUUUCUCAGUCACCUGGCUGUGAAUUUUGCACCGCCAUGUUAAAGGGGACAGACCGUCGCACACCACCACCGAUCCUACGUUUGGUGUUUAUACUUUUUGCACGAACAAAAAAAGUUUCUCCAGCCACAAAAGCUUCUUCAUAUCAGAAGAAACAACCGCAAGUUACAGUUUUAAGCAUUGCUCUUCGUUAUAACUUGGGUCAUUUUAACAGACGUCCGUUUGGUUUGUCACGCGCCACUAAGUGAAUAGUACAAAAACUCCUGAAGCCGCAUGUGCAGAUGUAUGCAUCCACAGUAAACAGAUUAUGUUUAACGCUCCUCUUUAAUCAACCCUUUCAUCCUUCCUUUCCUCUCUUGCCUCGCUCUACCUAUUCCAGGGUGUAGAUCGCAAGUAGACUGCAAGUGCUCUUAUAUUUUUAAACUGUCCUCUGGUUAUGCUUAUUGAGUAUUGUGAUGGUCUUUUUUCCUACUCUGGGCUCACGGGUCAUAUCGCAUAUACCGUAGCCAUGUGUACAUAAAGUGUGUAUUUCAGUCAGUCAAGGAGGGGCUCAUCACAUUUUGACCGGCUAUUACCCAAAGCUGUCAAAUAAAACCACAAACAAGGCUUCUCUUGUCGACCUUGUUACAAUAGGGGGGGAUCUGAGUCACUUUUAUCAAUAUACAGCUUUUGCUUGUGUAUGGAUUAUAGGUACAGUAACAUGAUACAGGCUGUUAUAUCAUCAGCUUGUCGAAGUUGCUUUAAGAGCAGAUCGUCUGCAUGUACUGAAAUAAUGUUUAUAUGGUAAAGUGCCUGUCUGAUGUUCCCAGCAAAACCUGCAGCCACGCAUUUUACACAGGCAAAGAAUUGUGUUGGUGGCACCUUUUACUGUCAUUGUGAUCAGCACAGUUCACAGAUAAGCAAAGGCCACACGAUUUGGUGUUCAUGUUGCACUACUCAAAUGCCGAGUGCAUUUUCUAAUGGGGGGGGGGGGGGGGGGAGUAAAGUAAUUGAUAAGGUUAAGGUUUUAAUACAUUUACUGGAAUCUUUAAAAAUGCAGACUUGUGAUAAUGUACAGAUGGCGGAAGUAUUUAGCAGAAAUGUUAAAUAUGUAUGUAGAAAUUUAACUAAAACUAUGUGACAGAAGUUCUUGUGACUGUCUAGCUUCCUAGUGCAAAAGUAGUUGCACGUUGACAGUCAUAUAGGUGAGGGACUGACCUAUAACUUCUGCUGCCUCAACAGCGGUGUUGCUAGGGGAUGUGGCAUCAUUCUUUACCAGUCUGACAGUGCGAGACCUGUGGUUGAAGUGCUAACAAUGUUGUUGAGCGGAUCAUCCUUAUGAAAAUGAAUGAUGUACAAUAAACUGUAUGUUCUUUUACGCGCACCUUAAUUUUCAUUCAAGUAGUACGUGUGUACAUAUUGAACUUGUAUUCCACACUGUAGGCCACGAGUUUGUGCGUCUGCAAUUUACCUGACUGUGCUUGGUCUGUGACUCUGUAAACUGCUCUCUUGUCUGUGAACACAAAUAAAUACGUUAUGGAUUUUAGAGCAAUAA